GACUGAAGGAAAUAGGAGGAGUAGAAUAUGACUUUGCUUCAGUAUAUCUGAGUGCAUUUCUAACUGAAAGGGCCAUGGAGAUGAGCUUGGCAUGCAUUCUUAUUUUCAUUCAGCUCUUUGAAGCCUACGCAGAGUUGAUCUUCAGGCAGCUGAUGGAGAACCAGUCACUGGGGCUCUCCUGUUCCCCUCAGCUGGAACACGGCAGCCUGAUGGGCCUCCAUCUGUACCAUCGCAGCAGCCAGAGCCAGACGACCCUGCUGUCCAUGGCAGAGGGUGACAAACUCAGGGUCGACCCAGAGCACAGGAAGCGUCUGCAGUUCCGUGGAGGUCUGGACUCCCUGCAGGUCAAUGUGACCAUGUCCCAUUUACAGCGCAGUGACACAGGAAUCUACAUGUGGGAGCUGAGCUACAAAGAAAACAACUCGGAUAGGAUCGCCGUCUGCGCUCAAAAGGUCUUUUUGUUGGUUGAAGGAACAGGGAGGCCGUGCCAGUGCUCUCCCAGCUACCCUCCUGUGCUGUUCACCAUCUUCACAGCAGCAGGAUUUCUUCUGCUCACGCUCAGCUGGCUGGCCACAGACAAAUGUGUGAAGGCAAGGCGUCGUCACAGACCACCACCGCCUGCUCCUAUCUAUGAGGAAAUGACCAGGAAGCAGCAGAGCGCUGGAAUCCCUCAAAAUAGCCCAGAGGCCCCCUCACACCUGGAGGAAGUCAACUUCCCCGUGUACGCCAACCCCAACAUCCGACAGCCACAAGACAACUACUACGCCUGUCCCAGACAGCUCGCCCUCAGAGCCUGACGUGACUUCUGGCAUCGCACUAAUGGUGCAGCAAACAUUUUACAGGAAAUGACACCAGCUCUGCCGCAGAGAUACGAUAUGAAAGAGAUAGGUGACUUCUCGGCCAGGAAAUGAGAAAGAUCUCAGUUUGGUCGAGCCAAGCGGAGGCGCAAAGACAAACACCAAAUGGCACUUUUUUUUUAUUUUUUUACAGCCAAGAAAAAAAUGCUAUUUUAUUAAUAUUUGAAAGAAGCUCCAUAGUUCAUGAAAACAUUUGUUUCGGUGCAUGUCAUUUAACAAUCACAUUCUAUGAGGAGAAAGAGAUAUACAGAGAGAAAAAAUAAAACAUUACAAGCCACUGACUUUUCAUUAAAUCUCAGUACAGACAUUUUUACUUAAUAUUUCAAAAACAAACCAAAAAAAAAGGCAAAAGAAAGAAAAAACAAAGCAGCCCUAAUCCCAUAACUCCCACCCCGCCCUCAAAACAAAAAACUUUAACAACUGAGAAAAAAACCCUUGAGGGUGACAGGCUAGAAUCCCACAGUGCUAAAGAGUGAGACGCUCAUUGGUUUUUAGGAAUACACAGCAUGGCGAAGGAAGCUGGAGGCGGAGGGCUCACCACUCCGCCCUCCCGCACCCCCUUAAAAAAAAAAAAAAAAAAAAAAAAAAAAACCCCAACACAUUGGAUCCCAAAAACCCCUGCAAUAGAUCAGCCACUUAGAAGUAGGCCAUAAAAUCCCCAUCUUCCACCCCCUCCCCCCAAACACUUGUGCAUAGUUUCAUGAUCCUUUACAACCAGCUCAUGUUUUACAAACAUCCUCCAAAGUGUGAAAAAUGCUCCACAAAAGUCUGAUUCAUCUAGUAAUAAUACCCGCUGUGGGAGAAUGAGAGAGAGAAAGAGAGAAAGAGGAAAGAAAGAGUAAUGCACAAUGUUCCUGAUUCAGUCAGGACGGGACCUCAUUAAGAAAACACAAUAAAGAUUUAAACAUACAGCAUUUUGCAUGUUAUUCACUGUCUUUCUUUUUUUUUUUGAACAAUCAAAAUCAUUGACCUUUUUUUUGUUUUUAAAUGUAAAGCAAUUUUAAUAUAUAGAUUUAUAUAUAAAGCACUCCAUUUUCAUUUAAAGUCCAUUAUUUGGUUAUUAUGUAACUGCUACGGAUUUAGAAACAAAAGGUAUUUUCUCUUCUUCUGAAAUCCAUAACUUUCAGUGCUUAGAAUUGUUUCUUUUAAAUCAUCCUUUUUUUGUCUUUUUCUUUUUUUUAACUCAUCAUAAAAAUGUACAUUAAAAUGGCGUGGAGUUGGUACUCUGGAACCCUGGCCUUCCUGAGACAAGAUCCACUUUUUCGUGUGUGUGCAAGAUAGUGAGCAAUUAUGUCUUUUUUUUUUCUUAUCUUUUUUUUCUGUUUUUUUUUAUAUAAAGGAAAAAAUAUAUAUGAUCAACAUAAAACAUACAGGCUUCAGAUAGUCCAUGAAAUCAACAUUAACACAGAACAAAGAAAGGUUAAA